AUGGCGCAGCAUCAAGACCGUAAAAGAAAAGGAGGUUCUGAUCCUCAUCAUCAGAUGUCAAGAAAUCAUGCCCCUCCUCCGCCUCUAAGUAUUGAAGUGCCUGAAAUGAGAGAUCUUCCAGACAAGUUAAACCCUUGGAGUGAUGACCAACUUCCUGUUGACAUUCUUUUGUUGACAGUAGAAGACUGCGAGUUUUUAGCCUGUUAUGCUUUCUUGAAAAAUUCUUUUAAAAGUUAUGACCAGAAUCUGGGAUUCGUGUACUUUGGGACCAUGGGUGAAACUGGAGAAGAGGCACUGAAAGUUGCUUUAAUGAAAUGUUAUAAAGGUUCUUCUGGUCCAGGUGGCUCUCAAAAUGUUAUUAAAAAUGCCGUGAUGCAACUGAGACCCAAGGCUGCUUUUUUGGUUGGCAGCUGCCAGGGUAUAAACCCAGAACACACCAAACGAGGAGAUGUAGUGGUAUCCUCUAAACUUUCAACUGAACAAUUCACAACUCCAGUAAGAAGAAAUAUUGGCAACCUUAUCUUGUUUUCAGCUGGAGGCUGGAAUCCACCAUUAAAAGAUCCAGUGGGUGAAAAAACAGUACAGGUACACCGUGACAGUGACAUAUUCAGUGGUAGUCAAUUUAUGACCAAACAACGCCGUAUGUCUCAAUCUCGCGUGAUUGCAGUUGAAACAGAAGGGGAAGGUAAGAUUAUAUACAUAUUUAACUAUUACAACAAUUUGAUGUAGCAUUUAAUUUGAGGUCUAGAGCAGAACUCUAAAUAAAUUGUCCUUUUCGACAACUGAGCUUAUAUGACCAUGGAAAAUCACAGUACUUUAUUGGUUUGUUGACCACGGUUGGCAAUUUUGUCAGAUCAAUUAUAGGGUGCAAACAAGUCUCUUAUGGUAUUAAUAACGUCAACCAAUAUGUGUUUACAUUAAAAUAUUUUGGAGAAGUACUAGUUCACAAGUUAAAUAUUUUGCAAGGGAACAUAAAUUAAGCUUAUUAGAACACAAUAAAAUUUAGUCAUUACACUGUAGAGAAAAAUUUACAGUUUUGCUAGAUCCUUUCAUGUUGACAAAAAGGAUUGGACAAAGCUUUUAAUUAAGAGCCAAUUAGGCUGCAAAGAAUCAUCUUUUAUUGGUCUGUUUUUCUACUACUUACAGGACUGUUUGCUGCAGCUCAUGAUAUGAACAUUGAAUGGGUGAUUGUUAAAGGGAUAUCACAUUUUUCUGAUGAUAGCAACACUUCUGAUGACUCCUGGAAGUCAUUUGCUUCCAUCAUGGCAGCUUCUGUUGUGUCCAACAUGUUAAAUAAUCCAGUUGUUUUUAAAGAAUGGCCUCACUAUGAAGGUAAAUUGUGACAUCCCUGUUCUAAUUAGUGAUAAUGAAUAAAUUAUUAAUAGUGAUGAAUUUUCUGUUCAGAUAAUUAUUUUUAUGUCGGCUGGUUCAAUAUUAUCCUUGAAAACGCGAUUGUCAAACGACGGCCUGCAAAUAUCAGUAGAUGGAGUGUGUGACUUUCCACCAAAAGCAUACUGCAUAAGUUUUGUUGAGUUCAUUAAAUAACGAGAAUAAACACCUCCUAUCUAUUAAAUGCCCCUAAUGGUUCAAGUUUUUCUCUGUUUGAAACUCAAAUACAUACAUUAAUAUUAAAAUACCAAAUAACAAAGGCCAAAAGUAAAAUUUGUUUUGAGGUGUUUUCAAAUUUAUAACACUUUUUUUCUUCACAGACUUGACAGCAAAGAAUCAGCCAGGCAAACAGAUGCCAGGUACUAUUCCAUCAAUGUAAUAACACUAUAAAUCCAGGAGUUUUUCCAGAUUAAAUGAUUGGACACUGGUUUCACUAAUAUAAACAUUAAUAUCUUUUAAUGUUGUUUGUCACAUCUGAGCCCUCUUGCACUUUUUUUAUUUACAAAUAAUAUGGCAAUAAGACAGGUCUUUGCAAAGAGAGCAGUCUCUUUUUGUCUGAUAUUUAAUCCCUUCCCCCCAAAAAAAAAAAAUUUGCUGACAAAUGCCGUUUGAAAAAGGCCGCUUUAGGGUCAGUAUCUGGCCAAAAAGAACCAAAACUGCCCAAAAUACUGUAUUUCCUCGAAUAACAGCCGGGGCAAUUAUUUCUUUUUUUGCCUCAAAAGGGGGUAAUUAUUCGAGGGAGGCGAUUAUUUCAAAUAUUGCUCACUGGAAGUCGUAUCCUAAAUAUUUUGUUUUAUUAUCCCAUUAAAACAAAAAAUUAUCACAUCCGAAUAAACUGAAUAUGACUGGCUUUUUAAGUGUUCCAAAUUUGGUUCAUUGAUUGUAAUUUUCAGAGCUUGAAUCAUCACUGAUCAGUUUUGCUGGAUCACUGAUUCCACUUCAACUUGACAGGAAGGGAAUAAAAGAAAGUGAAGAUGGGAAGAGGGGUGGGGAGGGGGGUGAUUAUUCCAGGGAGGUGAUUAUUUUAAAUAUUUCCAUCAAAGGGGGGCGAUUAUUCGAGGGACAGCUAUUAUUCAAGGAUAUAUGGUACUUUAAAUUGAACACCAUGCUGCCUUUGGUUCCUUAUGCUAAUAAAUGUCAGUUUUGUUUUGAAAAGUGACACAAACCACUCAACUUUUCUUUUUUCGCUUCCUUGCCCCAUGUUUUCCCUUAAUGUUGGACAUAAACUAAGGCUUCAUUUUGGUGAGACAGACAUUGUUUUAAGUGAAACAAGAUUCCCUUAUCUUCUCGAAAACCUUCUCGACUUUGUUUCAGUUGUCUUUGAGUUAUGUGUAAAGGCCUCUAUUAAUUUAGGAAUUGCCCAGUUUAAUUGAAAGUGAUGUGAGGAAGGGGGUCCACUCCCAAACUUUCCGCUGGUAUAGUAUAUUCUAUUGUCAUCCACCAAAUCCCACUAAAAAGAUUAUAAAAGGAACGAUCACUAAGACUUGCUUGCUGAUUGAAAUCCACUGGACAAUAUCAAAUGAUCACUGGGUCAUUCCUGGUGCUGUUUCCUUUCAUUAAUUUGUAUUAUUUUAUUCAUGAUAUUUCUGCAAAUUGACUGUCGACCCCUCUUGUAAAAAAAUAUAUAGUUAUUAAAAAAUUCUUCUUGGAAAUGAUAAAAAAUUCUUGAUAAUAGAUUCUGUACUUCUUGAGGAGUGCCAGAAACAGCUGCGAUCACUUUAUGAAACCAGUAGUAAAGUCAGAAUCAUUCCAUGGGACCAGAACUCUGCUGUUCAUAUUGACAAGAUCUAUACAGACUUAUCUUGGAUCAUGGAUGACAGGACACCCAGGGGAGUGAUACAAGAAAACCUUGACCACUACACUGAGAUUUUUGCUCACAGAGAACCUCGUCGUGCACCCAAGCGAAUUUUGGUUUAUGGACAGCCAGGUGAGUGAGUGAAUUAAGUAAAGAAUUUAAUUGUCUUAAACAGGAGGAUAAGUACAUGCAAAUAUCAUAUACAAUAACAGUAAACACAGAAACCAUUGGUCUUUCGGCAUAAUUAAUGGACACAAGCUGUUAGCAAAUGCAUUGUAUCAGCUGGUGAUGUGCAGGUUUCUUGAGUGUUUUGCUGACGUAUUGUACAUUCCAAGUGGGGUAGAUUUUUUCAUGCUGUCUAGCUAAAUGGAAAGUUUGGUCUGUUGCUGGUUAUAAGUAAAUUAAAACUUAAAAAAGAAAGUUUUUCCGUUAAUCAGUUUGAUAAUAAACAAUAUAUAUCUAUUGGCUUUAGAGCAAUCAGAACAAUACACUGUAUAGGCUCCAAUUAGUGUGGUUUAUUAUGGUAAAAAUGUUUUAACUCAAUUUGGUCUGAAAUUCAAGUUUAUUUAAUGCCAAGUGCUAAAAGGAUAGAACUAAAAAGGAUAAAAUUCCACCACAACCUUCAUAAUAGACUAAUGACUGGAAGUUGGCCCAGUUGGUUGAAGUCUGUAUUACGCUAACCUGGGCCCAGUUGUUUGAAGGCCAAUUAGCGCUUAACCUGGGCUUCUUUUUCUUGUGUUCAAAAGUAUUUUCUUGGAUAAUUUUCUCUGUUAUUUUUAGAGCUUCCAAUCAUCAACUUGUAGACAAAAAAAAUUAAAACUGAAAUGCUUUUUAAGCUUUCAAAUCUGAAUUGAAAUCUCGCACUAACUGUGGGUUAUCUUAACCUAGCUUUGAACAAGUCGGCCCUGGGGAUAAAUUUUAACCCAGGUUUCCUUGGAUUUUUCUCUACUUGUUUUAGAUUAUCUAAUCAUCAAAUUUUAGACAAAAAGAAUUAAACUGAAUUUGCUUUUGAAGCUUUCAUAUCUGAACUCAAAUUUGGCACUAACCCCGGGUUAUCAUAUAACCCAGCUUUAAACAACGCCCUAAAUAGUCUGUGUUUUAUAAAGGAUUCAUUUCCAUUGUCUUUAUUAUGAAUAAUUUUGAUUAUUUAAAUGAGAUGCCAUUAUCGAUGAAUGUAACUUCAGUUUUUAAUCAAAGCUAAGAAUUCCAAAAUGCCCCCUUAGUGGCAGGGAAACUUCUUUUUGGCUUAACUUUAGGGGCAAAGGCCACCCAUAUGUUGUUCACUCUGCAUAUGGUAUAAAAAGUUUUAAACAUAAUUCCGUAAAAAAAAAAAUCUCUUUAAGUUUUAUGAAAGUUAAAAAUUCACAUUUCAAUAUUUUAGAUUCCACUUCACGUCACUUCACAUGAUAAAAAUAAACUGACAAAUCUGUUGAAGACGUAUUGACAGUUUGUUCAUAUUGUCACCUAGGUAUCGGCAAGACUGUUUUCACGAAGAAAGCAACUUUUGACUGGUCCCAGCAGAGAUAUUCUGAAACAUUAGGAGCAUUUGAUCUUGUCCUUCUUGUGAGAUUACGUGACGUUAGUGAUCUCCAAGAUGUUUCGUCCAUUCUGAGGGUUUCUGAAGUGCUGGAUAGUAAUGGUUCAAUUUCCGUAGACAACCUGUAUGAUUACGUUUGUCGCCAUCAAGAAAAAGUCUUGCUUAUCUUGGACGGCUACGAUGAGUAUGUUUACAAUUCAAAAAACGAGUCGCCUGUCUUCAAAAUCUGGAAAAAAAGCCAAUUAAGAGAUUGUUGCGUUGUAAUUACUUCAAGGGAAAUGAAAGCUGAGACGUUGAGAAAUGGUAGUGAUGCUCAAUUCAAAAUUGACGGCUUUAAUGAUGAGCGCCAAGUAGAGUUUGCUCGUAGAUUUUUGAAAGAUGAUGAAGAUGUUCGAGAGUUUUUUGAAUACUUAGAGGAUCACGACCUAAUCGACCUAGCACAAAUUCCCCUUCUUUUAUUAAUGUUAUGCUUGCUCUGGACGAAAACAGAACGGGAAGCACUACCAAAGGAACGCGCACACAUCUUCGCCCAAUUUGUCAAGACUUUGUUUGAUCAUUUGCGUGAAAAACAGUCUGCUGAAUCAGUGGUUGUUAAAGAUUACUCAGAUGAAUUAUACGCAUUAGGACGCUUGGCCUUUGAAGCCCUUUUGCAAGGCCAGCUUUAUUUCCCUGUUAGUCAGUUACCUGCUGGCUACAGUUUGAUCGAGAGGCUGAUUGAAGUCGGCCUUUUUCAGGUUUUAAAUAUGGCGAGUUUGAAUCCUGAAAAAGGCGUGUACUUUAUUCACAAAUCCGUCCAAGAAUACCUGGCUGGGAAUUUCCUGAAAGAAGAGCUGACAUCUAAAAAGGCUGAAGGCACCAAUUCCCUGUCAAAAGUGGACUCAGUUGAAAAGAUCUUUGAAAUAAAUGAAGCGCUCAAAUUUGCUGUUGAGUUGUCAGAAGAAGCCGCGCGCGACAUUCUGAUUCAACUUGGAAUGGCGGCGAAGAAAGAAGAACUGACAGAGUUUAAAUUCGACAACGAAACACCGUCAGAGAAUGAUUUGUCAGAAGAACAAACAGAUUUUAUUAAUCUUUGUAAUGAGUUAUUUUUCUACUGCUCAGCUGAGACAAGAAAAAACCUCUUUCCUACAUUUCUUUCCUCUUUAGGAGGAGUUCUUGUAAUUAAUGAAGAGCAGCUAAAUGUUAUCGUACAAGAAAAAUUAGUUCAAACUACCGAAAAAACACCCAACUACGUUUUUUUUACUGAAAACAGUGAGGAAGAUUAUACAGAGCAGGACUAUAGUAAUUUUAUAAUUUUAUUACACCAAUUAAACGCAGUUAUUGUUAGCUCUGUAGGAGAAAAGAAAGCAUCAGAAUUUUUAAGCAACUCAACAUGGCGUCACAUUAGUGAAUUUUUUUUAAAGAAAGAAGAAAACAACACUCACCUUUAUUUAGCUAAAAUUGUUAAAGAUAAAGUGUUCGACAUUCCUUUUCCUUGUGAUAUAAUCAAGGCGCUAAUAAGUAAACAAGAGACAACAAAGAAGACAAACAUGAAUGGUGAUGAGUCAAGUGAAGAGAGCAGCAGCAGCUGUUGUUCAAAGCGUCAUGGUCUCUCCAGGGUUCGGAGGAUUGUAGCUAAUGAUGUGAACAGGUCAGAAGUGGAACUGAUGAGUGAGAUGAGGCCGUUUAUCACCGCUCCACACGAGAUACAUGUUAUGGGUGAAGACGGUGAAGUGUACGAUGCUGAGGUAACAGAGUCUCUGCUGAGGAGCAUCCAAGUAACACACAAACUGAAGACAUUAACACUCCAUCGCAUCAAUGUAACAUCAUCACCUGCUGUGGAGUUUAUCAACAAUUUAUUUAAAAAAGCACCAAACUUGGAGUCGCUCGACAUGUCACACAAUCCUCUUCUGGGUGCAGGAGUAGACAGCUUGAUUAAACAUCUCAGCUGCGCUCCUCACCUGGAGGAACUGUACCUUACAGAUGUGAAGAUGACUCCACAGCAGGUGAUGGAUCUGUCAUCAGCCAUCAAGCAGCACGGCAACAACACUGAUCUGGAGUCAGAAUACCACGUAAGUUUUCUAAUUUUAUCGCAAUUUGUUUCUUUAUUCUUUGUUUACAGUUUAUUUCUACUCAGCUCUUGCCUUUCGCCAUUUUCCUUUCUUUGUCAUUUUUAUACUCGACAAAACACGAGAUUUACUUUUGAAAACAAAUCACAAACUUUAGCAGAUUCAAAGUAUCAUUUCAAAUUCAUUCCUUUCAAUUGAUUAAACUAAAUCCAAAAAAAUGUUUUAACCGAGAACAAGUAAAUCAAUCUGAAGGUGUUUUCACUGUGCGAAAUAAUGGAUCAGCGAGCAGAUAUGAAAUUCGAGUCUGGUUCAACUCGAUAUGAGCUCACUUAACAAACUUGUGAUUUAUGUAUUAACACAAAAAUUCCAUAGUAUUAAUUUCUCAAUCAAUUUUAAUUCAUUACUUUUCAUAAAAUGAUGAAUAACAAGCAUAAAAUCAAAAAAUGUUCUGUUCAUGUUCGACAAUUCAAACAAACAAAAUUUGCAAAAAUCAACAAAAAUCAAGAGAAAAAAAGUUAACCACUUACAGUUUCACUUUUAUCGCUAAGGUUUUCGUAAAAUCAGCAAAACUCAAGUAAAGUUUCUUUGAGAGUCCAGCAAACGAAGAAGUCUUUUUAGAGCUGUCCUUUUGUUUGAAUGUCCCUUGCGUUUCGGUAAAUGUUUGUCCUCCCGUAAAUAACCUCACUGUAGCGUAGGUUUUUGAGAUAGCGUUCCACAAAAAAUAUAAUUCCUCUGGACACUUUGGUGAAAUUUAACACCAUACAUUUAACCAUACAUAGGUAAAAGCACUCCUCUAUGGUACUAGCUGUCUAUUUUUGUCGGUUACUUGUUUUCCAGUUUUACGACGAACACAACAAAUCCUGCGUCACUUCGCGUCUUGUAUGAAUGAGUUGAAGUUCAUAAAUGUAGUUUCCUUUAGCUUGCACAAAUCCUUUGACAAAUUCUUGAGUACACAAGACGAAUUUUUCUCUUAACUGACAUUUUACGGUGUUUUCUCAUUCUUUUUGUGUCCAUCUUGAGUAUUUUUGCGUUGAAAGUUUUCUUUGAUGAGCAAACUCAAGUGAAGUAAACAACAAACUACAAAAUCAACAAACUGUCAUUCAAAGUGGCGUGAGAGAAGGCUUGUGACGUGGCGACAGCUGAUUGGUUAUAUAACUACCCGUGGUAGAAUUUUCCCGCCUUUCGUUUGGCAGCGCAGCAAGCGUUUCUUCAGACGAGACGCAGGUUUUUUUGCGCCUCCCCUCCCAACCCCCACUAAGGAAAAACUGAUCUGUGAGAAUUUUAUCAGACCAAGAGUUAAUAGAAGAAAGGGCUCCAAGGUUUCAAUAAUUUUCACAUUUUAAGAGUAUAUUAUUAGAUUUUGCUGUUUUGAAAGUCUUGCAUACUAAUUUUAGGGGUUGAAAAGUAGAAUGUGGUCUUUAAGCUACGAGCACCUUUAGAGGUGUGUCCAAGAAGUCAGAUGUAUUUUUUGUUGGUUUUGUCGUUUUUCCCUCUUUUUCGUAUUUUUAACUCCUUUUUUCAACAGAACUUUAGUUCGUGAGGCCCUUGCUUUUUCUGUAUGUAGGUAAUUCAGGGGCGGAUCCAGGAUUUUUUUUAGGAGGGGUGCACUCGUCUCUUGCUCUACUUCAACACCAAUAAACCACAUAGUUGUUCUUUUUUUUGCAGAAUACCAGUUGUAUUAGAAAACCGCAGGUCAUCUCAGGGGGUGGGGGGGGGGGUGCGCACCCCCUGCACCCUCCCCCUAGAUCCGCCCCUGUAAUUUCUAAUCACUAUUAAACGGCACAAAAAUUCGGAAAUUUGGGGUUGACAAGGAAAAAUCAGGAACUUCUCGCGCAGCAACCUAAAGGCUGGUUUACACAAGCGACGGGGUCGGAAUUGGAGUCGUAAGAUCGCUUAUGACCUAGUGAAAAUCAAAAAUCGGAGUCGUAAGCGGAGUCAUAAGCGCGCCGGAAGCGGAGUCAGAAAAAUUACUUCUAGAACGUUUCCAUUUCUUCCGAUUCCGCUUACAAUGAUCCAGUAAAGCAGAAGCAGAAGGAUAAACCAAUCCCGAUGCACGUUUGGUUCUUCCGCUUCUGCUUCCGACUCUGACAAUCUGGUUUUCACUAGAUCAUAAGCGGAACGUAAGCGGAAUCUGAACGCUGCUUUCACUGGAUCAUAAGCUCUACGCUUUUGAUUACGACUUCGACUCCGACUCUGUCGCUAGUGAAAAGCAGCCUUAAUUUUGAGACACUCACUAGAAAGUUUUUAACACACCAGUACUCGCAAGACCAUUUAGGACGAAAGUACUGUUUAGGACAUGCGGAUUUUACGACUUUGAACUAAAUAAGGCCUCGGAACGGAUUGCAAAAUGAGCAAAAUCUCUUGGUUAGUCCUAAAUAUAACUAAAUUAAAGGCGAAAAACGUCUUUGUCGCAAGCAGAAAUGUAUAUAGUACUACUAUGACUAUGUGUUGUAGAAAUGACCUCUUUUCGGGGUGGAAUCAGCUUGAGCUUUACUCAGAUCAGUUGCAGAUUGGUCUUUAAGUCCCAAGAGUGAUCAACAUGAAUUUUCUCUUAACAAUAUCAAAACAUUAUCAAAAGAAAAGGUUAAGAGAAGUAAUAAACUGAUGAACAAAGGAAAAGUACUUUGAUCUUUUUUCAGGUUCUCUCAACUAAUUCUAUAAGGCAAUGUAUGGACACUAGUGUGGAGAAUUUGUAUUUGGAUAUUGGGGCUUAAUGGUUUAAUGGUAAAAUUCUAGUUGUCAGAUGAGCAUUCGCGUCCCCCUCUCAUAGUAGUUAACCCCUGAUGUUAUUUUUACCCUUUAAUUGCUUAUCACUUAAAGAAAGCUUUUAGACUACAAUUUCGAUCUUUUAAACGUUGCUUUAAAAGUUGAAUUGUGUUUGUGUUAUUUUGUGAUUUGUUGUAGGUUUUUGAGGAAACCGGCAACCCUAAGCCUGAACAUGAAUGGCCAUCAGAAGAAGAUUGGAAAAGGCGGUACCCCAGUCUCUUUUCUCACUCAUCAAAUGAAUUACACCGGCAAAGGCAACAGGUUUGUCAUCAACUUUGGCAAAAGAAAAUCGAGUAUAAUAUUUCUUGAGUUCCGUUAUUUCUUGGAAAAAAAAACUGAAAAAAAACAUUCCGUUUAAAAAUGUAUGGUUUUUCUUCAGCUUUUUAGGAGUUCACUUAUAAACUGAAACUGACGGAACAGGAAAUGUGUUUUAUAUCAUAGUAGUUUCAGGCUGUUUUUUUUUUCUUUUUUCUAGUCGCGAUUUCAUAAAAACUGAGUCAAAUCAAAACGGUGCAGUUGAAUAUAAGUCUUACUAACAGUAACAAGUUAUUUCUGUGGUCUUGGGCUCUUAGCUCACUUCAUUUAAGAAGUGAGCUAAGUCAUACCGAAACCGACGGUUCUCUUACAACGAUGGCUUUUAGUUGUGGAAGUUACUGUCCGAACAAUAUUGUAACGGACUGAAAUCCGUUUCGGAAAUACCUCUGGUUUUGGAAGCGACCUGAAGUUUCCUUCAUACGUUUUGUUACCGUUCGGGAAGUCGAUUUAAUCGUGCACUUUGAAAAAAACUUGCUGAUUUUCGUACGUGAAGUUAAUACAAGCCGGGAGAAAAUGUGCAUCUUUGACAUGUUUAUUGACUUGCAAAUUUCACCCUUAUCGUAGGCUCGAUUUCCACCGUCUCCCGGGUUCGGUCUUUGAUCCUCCCCGAAGAGAGGGGGAUGAGUGUGGGCUCAUUUUCCCGAACAGCGGCUGGUAAUCGAGCCUACCCUUAUCGCUGUAGUAGAGCAGUUUUACGCAUUCUAAGAAAACAUGGAGCUCGAAGCUUGGAUCAAACCAGUCAACAGUAGACUGAGGUUCUGUGUUUGUAUAGUCUUGUUUUCAUUUCUAACAGAAGAGCUUCUUUUUGCUCAACCAUCUUAUUGGCUCAUCAACUCAUAGCCUGUUUGGGGCGUUCAGAUAGCUGAAAGUGCCACUCUCCACUAUCAGGCUCAUCAACUCUUGUUUUCUUUUUCAAUCAUCUUAUUGGCUCAUCAACUCUUAUCCUGUUUGAGGCGUUCAGAAAGUGGAAAGUGCCACUCUCCACUAUCUGAAAGCCUGGAACAGGCUCUGAUCAACUCUUGUUUUCUUUUACCACUCGCACAGAUUCCUGCAGAGACUCCCCUCAGUAUUCACGACUCACCAUUCCCCGCUGACGAUCAAGACACCGUGGGAAGAACAUUUUCAGCGUCUCCUGAUCCUACCGGUAAGGUUUCUUGUCUCCCAGCCCCCUUCCCCCCCCCCCCGCCCCCCCGUUACCUGCCUUCCCAAUCACAGAUGUAACAAAACUUAUCGGCGAUUAACGCCCUGAGCACUAAUAAGAAGUUGUACAUACGUUCGUUGCGCUCAAAAGUCAGUUUUGGUUUGUGAGAUUGCUUUCUUUUUAAUAACUGCUGUGUAGCCUUGCAACAAGUUGCUGUUUUCACAUCCCGGUGGUAAUUUAGGUGAAAGAAAUCGGACUUAUACGAUUAAGUUUAUUCAUUAGUCUGUUUAUAGACCAAAAAGGUAUUCUACGCAGUACUACCGGGCAUGAAUAUUUAACGGACCAGGCCUUGCUGCCACAUACAGAAACGAAAAGUGUGUUAAUAGUUAGAACAGUCACUGAGGAAGUUUAAAAGGAAAAGAUCCUCUUUCUCCUGUUUCGAUGUAGACAUUUUCCGGUGUUACCUAAAGUGAGCGUUGCUUUCACUAAUUAUUUAAACUUCGUAGGAAAACAAGGGGGCAUAACAUUAAGAAAGGAUGAAUGUUCUAGAAGUCCAUCAUUCUGAAAACGGUGGUUUCCUAUAUGACCAUCAUGUGACGUGGGAUCCUUAUUUCUUCCUUUAGCUGAUCCAAUGUUAGCAGGGCCGUCCAUUCCUACUCGUGGGAUGCUAAUUUCUACCUUCUUUUCCCUUAACAGUUGAACCGAUGUUAACAGAGGCAUCUAUUCCUACAGCGCAUGGAUCCAGCCACGGUCUGGUACCUCAAGUUCAGUAUUCAGAGCAUUUUUCCUCACCAGAUAUCCACACCCAUCAUCACAGUGCCCCAUCCACCAUCUUUACACCUGGAGGAUCCUUGUCUUCCGAUCCGCAUCUCAUCAGUGGUCCUGGCCCUUCUACAGUCACACAGGAAGAGCCCAUUGAUAAGGUAAUGAGGCCGGACAAAAGCGAUGGACCAAAUUCACAUUGCUGUUCUUGUUUAUUAGUUUGA